CUCUUCUCUCUAUUUAAGAUCUUAUCAGAAGCAAUCCAUCAAUCAAUAUUAUUGCAAUAAGGGUAUAGUGCCAAACAGACCUCUUUUUUCCUACACACAUUUUCUUUCUCAUUUCCAUUCAUCUUUUUUCCUUCUCUCUCUUUCUCUUCGUUUUCUUCUUCUUCUUUUAUUUUAUAUAUAUAAAUAUGUACUUAUAUAUUUCAUGAUCUCUUAUAUAUAGGAAUAUUAAUUAUACAUGGACAUGGAUUUGAACAUGAGAAGUGCUACCCCAUUUGUUGUUCAUCACCAUGAUGAUGAUCAUAAGACAUCAUCAGAAGAGUGUGGAGCAGGUGUGAAGAAGAGAAUAUUUAGCAAUAGAAAUAGUAAUGAUAAUAAUAUUAACAAUAAAAGAGAAGAAGCAACAAAGGGUAAUAUUAAUAGUGAUGAAAUAAUGUCAUCUCCAUUAAAUUUAAGGAACCUCUCAAAGUUGAUCCUUCCCCCUUUGGGAGUUUCUACUUCUAAUCAAAAUCAGAUUCAAUCCAAAGGCUGGAUCAUCUCCCCUAUGGAUUCCAGAUACAGAUGUUGGGAGACAUUUAUGGUGGUUUUGGUGGCGUAUUCAGCAUGGGCAUACCCAUUUCAGGUGGCAUUCCUUGGUUCAUAUCCGAAGAAACCACUCUACAUUGCAGAUAGUGUAGUUGAUCUCUUCUUCGCAACCGACAUCGUUUUGACUUUCUUUGUUGCUUAUAUUGACCCCACCACUCAUUUACUCGUUCGUCACUCUAAAAAAAUUGCUACCAGGUAUUUGUCAACAUGGUUCCUAAUGGAUUUUGCAUCAACCAUCCCAUUUGAGGGACUCUACUACUUGUUCACUGGCAAACCCAAAAUCACCCUUUCCUGCUACCUAUUGGGAAUGCUCAGGUUUUGGAGACUUAGAAGAUUGAAGCAAUUCUUCACCAGGCUUGAGAAGGACAUUAGGUUCAGCUAUUUUUGGGUCAGAUGUGCCAGACUUUUAUCUGUGACAUUGUUGUUAGUGCACUGUGCUGGAUGCCUUUACUAUUUGCUGGCAGAGUUGUAUCCUCACCAAGGGAAGACAUGGAUUGGAGCUUUGAUUCCGAAUUUCCCAGAAACUAACCUUUGGAUUCGAUACAUUUCGGCCUUGUACUGGUCCAUAACCACCAUGACAACUGUUGGAUAUGGUGAUCUCCAUGCAGUCAACACCAUGGAAAUGGUCUUCAUCAUAUUUUACAUGCUCUUCAAUCUUGGCCUCACUGCUUACCUCAUUGGCAACAUGACAAAUUUGGUUGUUGAAGGAACUCGCCGCACUAUGGAAUUCAGGAAUAGUAUUGAAGCUGCAUCAAAUUUUGUGUCGCGAAAUCGUUUGCCUCCAAGAUUAAAAGAUCAGAUAUUGGCUUAUAUGUGUUUGAGAUUCAAGGCUGAGAGUUUGAAUCAGCAACAAUUGCUUGAACAGCUACCUAAAUCGAUUUGCAAGAGUAUAUGUCAGCAAUUGUUUUUGCCAACAGUUGCAAGAAAUUAUCUUUUUAAGAAUGUUUCAAAGGAAAUACUUUUGCUCUUGGUAGCAAAGAUGAAAGCCGAAUACAUACCACCAAGAGAAGAUGUUAUGAUGCAGAAUGAGGCACCCGAUGAUGUUUACAUUGUUGUCUCAGGUGAAGUGGAAAUAAUUGACUGCGAAACUGAUAAAGAGCGAGUUGUUGGAACUUUGCAAUCAGGAGAUAGUUUUGGAGAAGUUGGAGCACUUUGCUGCAGGCCUCAAGGCUAUACUUAUCGAACCAAAACGCUAUCGCAGCUCUUGAGGCUUAAGACAGCAGCUCUAAUUGAAGCAAUGCAGACAAAGAAAGAUGAUAACAUACAAAUCCUCAAGAACUUCCUUCAGCAUCACAAAAAGUUGAAGGAUCUGAAAAUUGGAGAAUUAUUGGCUGAGGGGGAAGAUGAGGGUGAUACUAACAUGGAUGACAAUUUGCUGACUGUCGCCAGUACGGGGAAUGCUGCUCUUCUCGAUGAGCUUCUUAAGGCCAAACUAGAUCCUGACAUUGGAGAUGCCAAUGGAAGAACUCCUCUGCACAUAGCUGCAUCCGAAGGGCAUAAGGAGUGUGUUCUGGUGCUGCUCAAACAUGGCUGCAAUGUGCACUUAAAAGACUUUAGUGGUAGCACAGCAUUGUGGAAUGCCAUAGAAUCCAAGAACCACACCAUCUUCAACAUCCUCUACCACUUUUCUAUCCUUUCGGAUCCAUAUGUUGCUGGUGAGCUUCUAUGCACAGCAGCAAAAAGAAAUGACUUGGCGGCGAUGAAGGAGCUCUUGAAAUAUGGACUAAAUGUGGACUCAAAGAACCACCAUGGGCAAACACCUCUACAAGUAGCCAUGUCAGGAAACAGUAUGGAGAUGGUGAACUUGCUGGUGAUGAAUGGCGCUGAAGUGGUUAAUGAAAAUUCGUACGAGUUUCCUUCGACGACUCUUACUGAAAUGCUGCAGAAGAGAGAGGUUGGACAUCAGAUCAGUGUGCCUGAAAAUGCACCAGAAGAAGUGGUUUCCAUACAGUUGAAUGCAGAAAAGGAAGGUAGUGGGAGAAACUCUGUUAGAGAUAACAAUAAUCCCCAUAGAGUGAGUAUUUAUAAAGGUCAUCCAAUGGAGAGGAGAGAGACCUUUUGCAAGGAACCUGGGAGGCUAAUUAGAUUGCCAGCCUCUCUUGAAGAGCUCAGAAACAUUGCAGGUGAAAAACUUGGAUUAGAUGCAAGCAAAAGGAUGAUAAUGAAUGAUGAAGGAGCAGAGAUUGAUUCGAUUGAAGUAAUUAGAGAUAAUGACAAGCUUUUCAUUGUUGAUUAUUUAUAAUUGAAGUUCGAUCAACAAUGUUUUUACUCCUUAUAUAAUUUGAUAAUCAAAUAAACAUGUUUGGAUCAAGAGCCAAAUUGUCUACUUCAAAUGUUGAAAUAUAUGUGUACCAGAUACUAAUUCAGUUAGAUUUUGUGUUACUUCUAUAGAAGAGUGAUUUUCAUUACUAAUAAAA